GUGAGUUGCCGCGAGUGAGUGAAACACCACCGUCAUCAUCGUCGUCGUCGUCGUCGUCGUCGCUGCUACCGUCAACGUGACUGUCGUCGUCGUCGUCGUCGUUGCCGCCGCCGCCGCCGCCGUCGUCGUCGCCGGUAGUGAUAGUAGUGGUACCGGUGCCGUCGCCGGUGGUGUUCGUAGUAGUAAUAGUAGUAGUAACAACGGUAGUGGGAGGCUGCCUGGAGUGAGAGAGGCACUAUCGGGACGAGAGAGACGGAGAAAGAAGAAAGACGGGGACCACGAGGACGGCGACGAGGCAUCAUUAUCGUCGUCGUCGUCGCUCGUUCGCCACCGUCCCCGCGGUGGCGAGAUAAUACCUGGUUUUCUCGCCGGGGAACGAUCGCCGACUUGAAUCUUAACACGUACAUCGGGAGCACCGCAUCGUCGGCCGCGUGCGUGAAAGAGAGAAAGAGAGCGAGACAGAGAGGAGCAGCAGCCGCAACGAAGGUCGCCGCCGGUCGGCGAGCAGCGCUCGCUGUCACUGCGAAUCGCUCGUACACCCUCCUCUCUCCCUUCCGUCAUCUUCGUCCCCUAUCGUCCUGCCCUCUUGUCACCUCCUUUUCUUCUUCGUCCUUCUUCGCUGUCACUAUCUCCUCCUCCGUCAAAGGAGGAUUCCGCUGUUCUGAGCCAUGGCGUGCUGCUUGUCGGAAGAGGCGAAGGAACAGAAACGCAUCAACCAGGAAAUCGAACGGCAAUUGCGGAGAGACAAGCGGGAUGCCAGACGGGAACUCAAGCUGCUCCUACUCGGAACCGGCGAGUCGGGCAAGUCUACCUUCAUUAAGCAGAUGAGGAUUAUCCAUGGCUCCGGCUACUCGGACGAGGACAAGAAGGGAUUUAUCAAACUUGUGUACCAAAACAUUUUUAUGGCGAUGCAGUCCAUGAUCCGGGCGAUGGACCUCCUGAAAAUCCAGUAUGGCGAUUCCUCGAAUAUAGAAAAAGCAGAAUUGGUGCGGAGCGUCGACUUCGAAACGGUGACGACGUUCGAGAGCCCGUACGUGGGGGCAAUCAAAGACCUGUGGGCGGACGCGGGUAUACAGGAGUGCUACGAUCGUAGACGGGAAUACCAGCUCACGGAUUCCGCCAAGUAUUAUCUUAGUGACCUAGAGCGUAUUGAAAAGCCUGAUUUCCUUCCGACCGAGCAAGACAUCCUCCGGGCACGAGCUCCCACCACCGGAAUUAUAGAAUAUCCAUUUGAUCUGGACUCCAUCAUAUUUAGGAUGGUAGACGUCGGUGGGCAGAGGUCGGAAAGAAGAAAGUGGAUCCAUUGUUUCGAAAACGUCACUUCAAUUAUAUUUUUAGUAGCUCUAAGUGAAUAUGAUCAAAUUCUAUUUGAAUCGGAAAACGAGAAUCGAAUGGAAGAAAGUAAAGCACUGUUCAAAACAAUUAUAACAUAUCCCUGGUUUCAACACUCCUCUGUUAUUCUAUUUCUCAACAAGAAAGAUCUGUUAGAAGAAAAGAUUAUGUAUUCUCAUCUUGUCGACUACUUUCCGGAAUAUGAUGGCCCAAAACAACAAGACGUACCAGCCAGGGAGUUCAUCUUAAAGGUGUAUCUCAAUUGUAAUCCCGAUCCCGACCGAAUGUGCUACUCUCACUUUACGUGUGCGACAGGUCGGCAGAGAGACGCUCUUGCAGCUAGAGAAUUCAUUCUAAGGAUGUUCGUUGACUUGAAUCCAGACAGCGAGAAGAUUAUUUAUUCCCACUUUACGUGUGCCACAGAUACGGAGAAUAUCAGAUUCGUGUUCGCGGCAGUAAAGGACACUAUUCUACAGUCCAAUCUGAAAGAGUACAAUCUGGUUUAGACGGCGAAUCGCGCUGCAAAUCCGAGCGGACUCGACCAGUUUCUUCUCGCACCCUGACCAAUGUAUCAGUGCGAGACUACUACUCCGUUGAAUCGCGAGCGUGAUCCGUGGAACGACGUGAGGAACGACGAAGAGGCGCGAGACAGAAACGAGACAAACUCAUGGUGCCAUCAUAUACGCACAUAUAUCGACACGUGCGUUGCAUCGCAUUGCGUUUGAUCGAACUUUGUCGCAUCGAGAGUGUUAUACUAGCACAAGUAGCUAAGACGCGUAAUACACACGUAAUUAAGAAGGACGUAAAAAUGGGGCGAAGUAAGAAGGCGAACAAGGACCUAAAAGCAUCACGAGCGUUACGCGUUCUUCUUCUUAGCGGAGGAAGAGAGCUAUGAGAAAAUCUCUUCACUGUCGAUACCAACUCGCGCGAGUCGAUUCGGUUCUCUCGUACAGGUUUCCGUUUUGGGAUUUGUUACCUUUCUUUUGUAGAUUAGUUCUUAGUCGAUAUCGCGGGCAAAUGUGCCCCAUUCCCGGGCCAAGGAUGCGUAAAUACCUAAGGGUCCCGGGCAUCGUUGUCUGACUUUUAUGUAUACAUAUAUACAUAUAUAUAUAUAUGUGUGCGUGUGUAUGUGUGUAUAUCAAAGCGAACAAACGCUGGCUGGCGAAUCAUAUAUUUUACGCGCGUGAGCGUGGCGCAUGGCGCGGCUGUGCCGCGUGGAUUUUUAAUGGCGCGUCCGUCUGUGUUCGUCUCAAGUCCAAGAGAUCUCAACAGAGGAGAAGAAACUGAAGAGGCGAAACGACGAGGCGAGCGAACGAAAAAAUAAAAUAAAAUUUAAAAAAAUUGGCUUUUUAAUCGCGAAUUAGAUUCAAUGACACGAGUGAGAGCAAUUCUAGUGCCAUUUACUAGUGUGGUGUUGUUGUUUUUCUUUUUUUCUUUCCUUUCUGUUUUUUUCUUAUUUUUU